UUUUAUUCAGUUCACUGUAAGCUUUCACAUUGUUGAGAUCGAAGUAUCGUACUUUUCACAACUCCUGCACUUAUACAUACACAAGGGAAUAAAAAGUGUAGUGUUUAUUUGUAAAUUUUUAUAUAAAACAAACGCAAAAAUAGAACAAGACUUAAGAUAAAUUGUAAACACCAUUUGAAAUUUAAAUUCAGUUCGUGAUUAAAGUAAUAUCAAAUUGAAAUAGAAAAAUGAGUGGUAAAAUGAAGCAAAGUCAUCAGCAAGAUUGGUGCAUUUUGAAUGAAUAAUAUAUUUUUUUUAUUCUAAAGUGUUAACGUGGAUUGAUAUUUCUUAGUUUCACUCUUUAACAUAGUGUUAUAUAUAAGACAAUAAAACCUAUUUACAUAGUUGAACCCCAGAAAAAAGAACGAUAAACUCCGAAAAAAGUAUUUUAGUUCGUGUUAAUUAAUUCGAGUAGUGAUUUGCAUAGAUAGUUAUAAUAUCUUAAUCGCGAAAAAGAAAGUUAUUGCUAUUUGAAUAGUGCAUAUUUUUAAAACUUAUUUUAUCUUUUGUUAAAUAACUUACCGGAAAAAAAGCUUAACGGUGAAAUAAUCAACAAAAGGAAACAGAUAAAUAAAUGGUUUUAAUUUACUGUAUUGAUUUAUUUUAACUUGGAACAAGUUGUGGAAAACAAUUUAUUGUGUAAAUAGUUGUUACAACGUUUUUAUGAAUUCAUCAAUACAAAAUCAAAAAAGUAUAAAUACAUUAUUCAGAUCAAGUGAUUUUCGGACUAAAAAAUUUCCAGUGUUUUGUGUUUUUAAAUUAUUUAUAUUUUUAUUGUUGUUCACUUUGAAUAUCGAUAAAAACAGCGUUGUUAUAUAGCAGUAAAAGGAAUUUUCAAAAGUCAAACUAAACUACUAUUUGUAUUUGUUUUAACUUCGUACGAAGGGGAAGUAAACCAAUCAAAGUCGUCUACAUAGAAUGGUAGAAAGUGAUACCGAUCCAAAAAAUUCUGAGAAUUGUAAUGUAAAAGACGAUCGACAACAGAACGGCAUAAAAGCCAAAGAUAUCGAUAGAAAAAAUUCUCAAAUUCUUCAACCAUCAUCACUUGUACCAAAUGAAAAGGACAUAAAAUAUGACUUGGAGAAAGCAUCAAACUGCACAAGGGCUGACUUCGAGGGAGCCAUUGAAUUAACUGGUUACGGACGUUUCCAUUAUUUAUUACUGUUAAUAUGCGGUCUAGUCAGUACCAGCGAGGAGAUGGACGUCAUCUCGAUGUCGUUCAUUCUCCCGUCGGCCCAAUGCGAUCUCGAAUUAAAUACGCAAACCAAGGGUUGGUUGAAUUCAAUCAUCUUUAUUGGUAUGAUGUCCGGCGCCUACCUAUGGGGCAGUAUAGCUGAUGCGAUAGGCCGCAAAAAAGUUUUAAUCGUGAUAUCAUUCAUGAAUGGUUUAUGUAUAGUUGCAUCAUCAUUUUCACAGAAUUUUGCAACUUUCAUGAUAUUCCGUUUCUUAAAUGGUGCCGCACUUGGUGGUGCCGGUCCUGUGAUAUGGUCUUACUUUGCUGAAUUUCAACCGAAAGCUAAACGUGGUUCUAUGUUGAGUUUCAUGGCUGCCUUCUGGACAUUUGGUAAUCUAUUUGUCGCCGGUCUUGCCUGGUUAAUCAUCCCCACUGGAAUUGGCUUCGUAACACCAUACUUUGUCUACAACUCAUGGCGUAUCUUCCUGUUGGUGUGCGCAGCACCAUCAUUCCUAGUAGCUGGUCUACUAUUCUACUUGCCUGAAUCCCCGAAAUUCCUCUUGUCACAGGGCAGAAUAGACGAAGCAUUGUCUAUAUUCCGUGGAAUUUUCGUCACAAAUACUGGUAAACCGCGUGAAGAAUAUCCUGUGAAGGAGAUUAUUAUUGAUGAUAAGCUGAAAGCGGAACUGGAGGAGAAUGCCAAUUCACUGAAAGGCAAAUAUGCACGGAUGAUGACUGAUAUGAAGGACAACAGCAAGGAAUUGUUCCAGUUCCCAAUUCUAAAAUUCACAAUCAUUUCGAUCACCAUCAACUUUACAUUCCACAUUGGCUACUACGGUCUUAUGAUGUGGUUCCCGGAAUUGUUCAAUCGAUUCGAUGAGUUCAGUCGCAGCCAUCCAGGACAACAAGCGGGCGUUUGCGAAGUAACAGAGUUUGUGGUUAGUCAAGGAGUUGGCAUUGAUGGCGACAUGUGUUCUUCAACCAUUCCAAGCUCAGUAUUUUUGGAGUCAUUAAUCUCGUUGGCUUCGGCACUACCAGCAAAUUUAAUUGCGGUACUUUUUAUGGACAUAUUGGGAAGAAAAUUCUUCUUGAUCUUCGCUACUAGCUCAGCUGGUUUCUGUGCUGCGGGAAUGUACUUUGUCUAUAACAAAUACCACAACUUGAUUGUGUCGGCUGUAUUCAGUGGUGUAAUAUCAUGCGGUAAUGCUGCUUUGGAUUGUUUGAUUACUGAGGUUUUCCCAACCCAUUUGAGAGCUACUGGUGUUGCUAUUUCCAUGGUGGCGGCUCGUCUUGGCGGUAUCAUAGGCAACGUGGUAAUCGCUACCUUGCUCGACACCAUGUGCCCAGCGCCAACCUUCAUUGUUGCAGCUUUACUUAUCGGUGGUGGUCUUAUGUGCCUGAUGUUGCCGAAUACCACACGUACCGCCCUCCAAUAAAAACGCCAUAUACACCAUACCUACCACAUGAUGUAUACUCACAUGCACUCAGCCAGUAAUUAUUAUACCUAAUAGAAGUAACUAAACAUACACCAUUCAUGAAAGAAAUGCAUCGAUUGUUAGAAAAGAAAACCAUAAAAAAAACUGUAUUCUGUAUACAUAAAAAUCUUUUUUUGUAAAAAUAAUGGAAACAUUUGUAAUUAUAAGUUGAAUAUAGAAAACAUAAAUAUAAUGUAUUUAACUGAA